AUGGCCUCUGAUAACUCCAGCUCCUCCCAAGGGCAGGGUGCCCGGGUCGUGCCUCGAUAUUACAUCAACGCCUGGGAGAAGAACCCGUACAAAUGGCAGCAUCACAAGUACCACCGUGUCCGGCAGCGGCAUCGGGGGAAGUGGUGCUACAUCGGGGGUCCCCUGAGCGGGGUGCAGCUGCCUGGCUGGCCCGAACCUUCGCUGCUUCCGCCUCGGGCGCUUGUUGACACUGCGCAGCGCGCGCAAGUUGAGCGCUUGGAGGACAAAGUCUUUUGGCAGCAGGUCGCCGAGCGGACAGUCCAGCUGCGCGACAUUAUGGACGUAGGUGACCUGGCAGUGAUCCUGGACACGCUCUUGACUGCAAACCACCGCCACACCCACCUGAUGAAGACGAUCUCUCGAGAAUUGAUUGAGGAUGUUGACAAGUUGUCGCUGGUGGAAGCGGCUGUGAUCUUGAAUGCGUAUGCGCACUUCAACUGUGUGAGUGAGCUGAUGCUCGAAGCCUUUGCCAAGCAUGUAACCCGCCUCUUGCGUGAGCAGCCUUACACCACCGUGGAAGACACCGACAGGUACGGGUCAAUGGCUGCAGACCCUCAGACCUUGGCCGUUCUAUGCAAGGCGUUCGCCAGUUUGCACUUCAAGGACUCCGAAAUGCUCAAAGCAGUGAAUUCGGUCCUGCUGGAGCGAAUCGAGGAGUCCGCCUUCGGCUCAGUGGCCGAGGUGCUGACGGCCUUCGCAGAGCUGAACGAGCCGUUUGAGGCACCGAUUGAGUUCUGGAUGGCCCUGAGGGACAAGGUACCCGGUAGCCAGAUGCGGUUCCUGUGUCCAACCAUGCGGGCUGCACAGCACUUGGCAGUUGCGGAGCCAGCCUUGUACGAGGCCCUGGGACAGGAAGUGGUGACUAGCCUGCAGGGCCUGCGCCCUGACACUCUGCCUGUCGAGGACACCGUGUCGACUAUGCCGGCCUUUGCCGAGCCACAGCUGGUCUCACGCCUCCUGUACACUGGCGAGGAGCAUCACGAAGAAGCCGUGCCAUCGGCUGAUGGGCCGGAGGAACCCAGGGAGGAGGUCGAUGAUAGCUUUCAGGUGGUGGCAGUCAGCCAAGAUCAAGCUGUUGUGGAUGAUGUCAUCGAGGAGGAGGAGGGGGAUGGCCCCGCAGUUCCACGAAAGAGGAGGUGGUGGUACAACGCCGUGACCCGCAAGAUGGACUCUGCCAGUGGUGGGCCCGAGGUGCCCUACUUCGCCCCAUGGAAUCCUGACGAGCGCUUCCGAAGGAACCAGCGGGGCGCCCGCGUCGCGCAGGCCCUUGAAGGCUGGGAUGCGCUGCAGCGGGCAGUUGCGGACAGCGCCCGGUCGUCGCCAUCGGCCCCAGGACCGCCAGCUUCGGAAGGAGCUCCUGCCAAGUCGGUUGAUGAGGAGCUGUUGGACAGCGCGGGCGCCUUAAAUGGGUGCUGCUUCGACUUUGUGACGGACAUCGCCCGGCCCUAA